UGUGUGCCUGCCUCGCACAUGUGCACUGUUUCUUGUUACUGCAGCACUGAGCAGCGUGCCUCUGCUCCAGAACCAAAAAGGGAGGUGUAUCCCUCCCUCUCUCCCUCCCUCCGUCUCCUCCCUCCCCCUCUCGACCACCGUCACAGCCUGCGUAGCCUUCCCCGUUCGCUCACACACACAGCGGUGACGGGAUAAUACACAACGCAUGAACGUACUGUGCAGCAGGACGAGUGUGUGAGGAGGAGGAGGGUGGUGUGUGUGUUUGAGGACAGUGUGAAGCGAACGAGCUGAAGGAGCUGAACGAGCUGAAGGAGCUGAACGAGCUGAAGGAGCUCCCACCAUUCUUCUGUUUUUAUGCUGGAUGUGUUUUUGCAGCACUGCAGGCUGAGAAGGAGAAGAACUCUGGAACGUUUCCAGGUUCCUGAAAAAUGUUUCAGAGCCAUGAUGUGAGGAUCCGUCAGAGCAGUCGAGCCUUCGUGGAAGCGUUGGGGUGUGACUGUGUCGGUGGAAAGAGCGCAGCGCUGUGACGUCCUGACCGCGAACUUCCUGCCCUCGAGAUGAGCGCCUCCGAGCCCGCUAACAGUGUCCCCGUCAGGGGCGCGGGCGGCAUGAAGCUCCCUCUCCACAGUGCGGGAGACCACAACGGGAAUGCUUUCCCAAUUUCGUCUUCCUCCUCUUCCUCGUCCUGCCUCGGGGAGUCGUCUCCUGAGUCGCUGCGGAGUCUGAGCGGGGGCCGGACCGACAGCCCCCUGGACUACGACAUGUUCGACGUUACCCUGACGACGGUGAAAACUGUGACUCUGAAGUCUGUCGUUUCAGACUGGGCGCCCGAGGAGGAGCGUAACCCGGGCGAUGACGGUGACGACACCUCGUUGGGGAAAUCUCAAACCGUGACGGAGUCCAACGACAACUCCGUGUCGGUUUACCUGGACGCCAACGGCGACGACUACCACCAGGACAGCUGGAACGACAACCUGACACUCGCCCGAUCGCUGACAGGAAACGGCGGCCUCAUCAACGAGGACGUCAGCAGUGGAAGCAGUAACGGGAGAAGGCGCAGCUCCUCACCUCCAGACUCGGACGCAACAGAAGUCCCUGCUGAUGAUGAUGAUGAAGAGGAGGCGUUGUUUGUGUCUGUGAGCUCUGAUGUGGACGUGCAGAGAAGCAGUGCGAUGAUCUCUGUCGUUUCAGACUGGGCGCCCGAGGAGGAGCGUAACCCGGGCGAUGACGGUGACGACACCUCGUUGGGGAAAUCUCAAACCGUGACGGAGUCCAACGACAACUCCGUGUCGGUUUACCUGGACGCCAACGGCGACGACUACCACCAGGACAGCUGGAACGACAACCUGACACUCGCCCGAUCGCUGACAGGAAACGGCGGCCUCAUCAACGAGGACGUCAGCAGUGGAAGCAGUAACGGGAGAAGAAGUCCCUGCUGA